AUGCUCCAGCCUGCUGGGACUGAGGACAAAGGCCCAGGAGUUGCAGAGCAGUCUGAGGACCUGAGAAAGGCCCUGGGGCGGCCAGAAUGCUUUGUGGACCGAGCCCUGGAUGGCGGGAAGGGACCCCUGGUCUCAGAUGUUAAUUUGAUCAUUGCCCUCAGCCAUUGUAGCCUGGAACAUGAUGAAGUCGGUGAUCUUGAGGUGAGACGAACUUCGAACUCAUGCACCAUGGAGAAUGGACACCAGCUGGGUGCAGGUUCAGCCAAUGGAGCGUCUGAGGUUCAAACCUCCCCGGAUCCCCCUAGGCCACGCCCUGAGAGCCUCUCCUUGCGGGUGGAUGAGAGAGGACAGGGACUGGAGAAAAAUUCCUCUUUCAUGCGGUCUUUGUCUGGCUCUGGGUAUGGAGCAGUGACAGCAGGCAAGCACAAGGACAGCCCUCCAUUGGUGACCCCACCACAGUCACCCCCAUCCUCGCAGCCUCCAGCUAUGACUCAAGCCCCUCGCCAGGGAGAGCGUCGAAGGGAAUUGGUGAGGUCGCAGACGCUGCCUCGUACCUCAGGGGCACAGGCUCGGAAGGCGUUGUUUGAGAAGUGGGAGCAGGAUACAGCAAGCAAGGGCAAAGGUGAGACCAGGGCCAAAUUAAAGAGGUCGCAGAGUUUCGGUGUGGCCAGUGCCAGCAGCAUCAAGCAGAUCCUGCUAGAGUGGUGCCGAAGCAAGACUGUGGGCUACCAGCAUGUGGACCUGCAGAACUUCUCCUCUAGCUGGAGUGAUGGAAUGGCCUUCUGUGCCCUGGUGCACUCAUUCUUCCCUGAUGCCUUUGACUAUAAUGCCCUGAGCCCCACACAGCGGCAGAAGAACUUUGAACUGGCCUUUACCAUGGCUGAGAAUCUGGCCAACUGUGAGCGUCUCAUUGAAGUGGAGGAUAUGAUGGUGAUGGGCCGCAAGCCGGACCCUAUGUGUGUCUUCACCUACGUGCAGUCACUCUACAACCACCUGCGUCGCUUUGAGUGA